UGACUGUGUGUUACCGGUGCACAGCGCUACUGGCCUCAAUUCCAAUCAUGUCAUAAAGAUAGUACCUACGUUUUAAAACGCAUUGAUAUUGUCACAUUGUAAAGAAUGCAUAUAACAGCGAUGUCGCUCCAGAAAGUAAGCCGAGUAAAAACAGUCAGCACUCGGCACAUGAGUUAGUCACACAUCUUUCAGCAGGGAAGAAAAUCGAGCCCAGUGAUAAAUCAGUAGCACCAGCAUUGGUUAAAGACAUGGCGGACGACAAGGUUAGUGCCGUAAACUUUAGCCUAUGGAGAGUUAAAAAUCCGAGUUUGUAUUCGCGGUUGUAGUAGUUGCUUAUUAUAUAGUUGUAGGUAUGUUCGGUGUAGGUAACGUUACGUGUAGAUAGUCAACUAACCGUUAUUUAGCUUGCUAGCUUUAUGUUUUUGCUAAGAAACUGUCAAGCUAGCAUAGCUAUGCGAGCUAGUUAACGUUUACUAAACAUUACAUUCAUAUAGCAACCUGACCUGCUUGGGCUAUUGGUGACUGUUGCAGUCUGUAUAGCUAGCAAUUGUGCUGGAUAUUAUUGUGAGAAUGUAGACUGGAAACACGAUACUUAUAAGCCAUAUUUUUUACCGGUAGAAUACCAAUUUUCCUUGACUGAGCUACGGAUAGAACAAGGAGACCGAUGUUUCACCAGAUGUAUAAAUCAGAAGCAUCCGGUUGGAAUUUGAACUCCCCACCAAAUAUGGUGAGGAGAGGAAGCCCAUUGGCCGGCAACAUUUUUGUAAACGUGACCGUUUGCCAAAGUUUUAAAAAAUGGCGUUGUUUACAAGGAGUGCAGGGGCUAAUUGAGUUAUUGCACACGCGCACUUCACAGAAAAGGCGUUCUCUAACUGAAAUAUGCAAAUACAUGCUUGAUCGCGCCAAUAGAAUCUCUCUAGCUCGUGCUUGGCUCUGCCCACCUCCUUACUUGUUCGGCCUACUAUGCCUCAUUUGCUCCCGUUGAAAACGACACAGAUUAACUAGCUUGGGGUAGUUAUACAUAUCUUUGUUUGAACAGUCAAAGCUUUGCACACUAGUCCAGAGUAAUCAAUAGUUGAUCAAGACGUUAACUAAAUUCAAGCAUUAGUAUAGCCGAGGAAUGGAUUUCGUAGACAAUAUAAUGUGACUCAGUAACAGGAAGAAUUUAGAUUUGGAUGGAAUAUUUUAUUGUUUUGGGACACAUAUUUUGGACCAGUUGCGGCUCCUGAAAAAAUUCUCAGGGGGGGGGCAAUUUUUCUGAUGAUUUAGGUGACCUACACACAUUUUAAAAAAAGAUAUGUCCAGCAACAACAUGAAGACAGGGGCAGCAUAUAAGUCAAUACCAGAAGCAUUUAUUGACUGAUCUCAAAAGUGUUGGCUUACAAAAGCAAAAUAAGUUAUCACAGUAAAAAUAAUCAAGGGUGUUCUUUCACAUUCCUCAACACUGCAUAAACAAUAUGCAUUUCCAUAAAACACCUCAUCUAAUUGUGCCACAAAGUUGACAAGUCCAAGAAAAAUACCAGGGUUGGUGGAGCCCUCAGUUUCAUCUUUGCCUCGCAAAGCUAACUCAAACACUCCGCAAAACUUCACACACUGGAUUAGCCGGCUGAGGAUGUGGCGGUUCUUGCUAACCUCAUCGUUGUGGCGGCGGACAGCUAGCCUGUAUCCCUCAUCCAGUUGAGUGGCAAUGUUCACUCUCCCCAAAGCAGACAAUCUCAAACAGCUAUCCAUGUGGGUCUUUGACAGCUCAUGUUUCUUAAUCUUUUCUGAAAGAUGGUGCAUGUCCGUUACACCAGUCGCUGUCCAAGCGGUGCUGUCUGCCGUGCCGCCUUCAGGGUGGAAAGAGUAAGCAGGGGUAGCAGAAGACUGCAUUAGCUACAUCGCAGCCUGCUAGCCAGGUUUUUCGUUCGUACCAAUUUUUGGAAAAUCCUCGGGUGUAGGACUUUCCCCCUUUAGUAGAAACCUGUUGAAUUAUUACAUUUGGUCUGGGAGGUCCUAAUUGUUUCGUUGCCAAUUUAUCUUGAUUUGUUCGCUGACAAAAAGGAACUUCUUUCAAAGAGACAAUCGAGUUGCACUGAACGCUAGCCAUCUUGACAGUAGUACGUGAAUUGAUUGACGCUGCUACCCGCUCUUUUCUUAGUUACGUUCAUGGUUAUGUUACGUAUGACGAAAGCGCGUAAGUGCAAGCCCUCCCGGAACCCAUAGAGAUUGUAUUGAAAGCUCUGAUAUUUGAAAAAAAAAAGAUUUUACAUGAGAGUCUAUGAGAGACUUCUGGGGCGAUUUUCAACCUGACUGAAAUCGCCCCAAAAGGGGCGGGGCCAUUUGAAGCACGACUUUAGCCUGAUUGGACAUUUAGUGGCAGAUCAGACGUCUAGAUUAGAACACUGAUAACUACUGUUGCCGUGAUAUAAUUGAUUAGAAAAAAAAUCCCUUCCUUUUCCCGUUUGGCAGUGCGUCGCCCAUAUCGCCCUAAUGAACACACCGCCCCUGUUUUGGACUAAAGAAUCACUUGAGUGUAGAUCUAGCUCAGAUAUCAGCAGGCACUCAUAUGACCAACAACAACACAUAUUAAUAUAAGACUCAAAUAUCAACUGUAAUCAUGUUUUAUAUGUGUCAAUAACUUGCCUUGCUUGCUGUCCUAAAUUUACUUUUGACAUGUACUACUAGUCAUUGAGACAGCUAAAGGACCUGGCAGAGCUCAAGGACCAGCUAGAGGACAUUCAGAAGCGUGUGGAGAAGGAAGUACAGGCUGGGAUCCCACAGGUGAGCAGUCAGAUGUCCGACACACACACACCAGGGUUUCCGAAAAUAUGGCGCCAGACAUUUGACCGGCAGCAUUUUAAUUUACUGGACAUUUAAGAAAUUUACCGGACCCAUAUGCAUUGGGUGCUUAACCUGAUUAGGGCGUCCACCCACGGUGCUCAGAAUGACUGAAAUCACAUUUAGGUUAUGGUAGGCCUAAUUCAUUUGAACAGAACAUGCAACUCGAGGAUGCAACGACGUGUGUCCUUCUUACUGAAUUCGAAUGCCAAUUUGAUGAUGUUAGAAUAACUGUCCACAUUUACUUUUCCUCAGCCAACAAGAGGAGUAAUGUCAAUCUACUAUCCCCCAUAGUAAAAACAUUUACCUAUUAUGUUGGUCAGCUAAGCUUGUCGUUCUGUGCGAGAAAGAAAUAGCCAAACAGACUCUGGGACAGUUGUGGGAAGAUGGAUCCCAAAUUAAUACAACCAUUAGGCCAAGGCUACAUCCAAAAAAAACAUUAAAAAGCAAUGAGGCUCAGGCAACAGAUCAGAAUGUUUAGCUUAACAUUUUACAUUUAAAGCGCAGCAAUGUGUACAAGGAAGUAGACUACUAGCUAAUGUUUGUUCCAUAAUGCAAUUAGUGGGAAAACACCAUUGGCAAAAGCGCACCGCACAUACGAGCGGUUUCAUGAUACAGAGAUGAAAAUAUCUGUUAGAGAUUUAGAAAGAGGGGAGAUAAAGAUGCAACAACUAGCAUGGGUUGCUAAUAUGACUAGGAUUGUGCCUUUGGCUAAUGGACAAUGAAAGACAUUUGAAAACCAAUAGAACAUGAGAGAAUAGGCUAAUAAUUUCAAUGGCAUAUGGAAGUCUUUAUAAAAUAAUUGCCUGCUGCACUUUUGGUUGGAUUUUGGCUAGAUUUCUUUGAAGCAAGGUAAAAACAUACCUCAUAAUAUGUAGUAAAUGUUCAGGUUUCAAACAAUUAAUUAGGCAAUUAAAUUUAGAAUUGUUGCGCAAUUAUUGAGCUUAUAAAAGCAGGUUUCACUCCAGCAUUAAGGUAAAGCUGUAGUAUCAGUUCAAGCGCUACAUCUACUUCAAUCAAUUAAUAGGCUAAAAUGCAUUUUUGCAAUUUUUUAAUUAUUAUUAUUAGGAGUGGGUGAAAACGCGCUUUGGUGAUGAAAUUUAACUUCCUUAUGUUAUAAAAUACAUUUGACCAAAACAAAUAUGAUAAUUCAUGUUCUGAAUCGCUCAGUGUGGUCUUUCUCUAACAUAUCAUUAACAUUAUAUCCAAAAAGUUGGAUUUCGUAAACCUAAUACAUGCGAUUAUAAGCACCGAGCUCUGUUGACAUAAUGGUGCAGGUUUCUCGUAACAACUUUUGAGGAUUUUACAUUUUGUGGUCUUUGUAUUCAAAGUUGUUUCCGCGGGUCGCAAAAAGCUAAAUUAGCAUGACACAAGCUGAAUUAAUAGUAAAAGGCUUUGAAAAUAAAAUGUUUGAUAUACUCUCAGUUCUCCGUUGACAUUUCACAAAGAAACGCUUGUUUUGGUGAGAGAUCUUCGAAAAAGAACAGGAAUUUCAAAUUAAUAUUUAAAGUGUAUACUAACAUAUGAAAAUACUACGUCAUGUAUCCAAAUCGAUAUCCACCUUACCUCUAUUGUUUUUAUGUCCUGCGGAUUUGAGAAGAAAGAUUACAAGUUCAACGUUUGAAUGUAUGAUGAUGGAGACAUGAAGUUUGGACCAUUGGUUUUCUUAGAGGAUUAUCUACACAAUUAACAUAUUAUUUUACCAAUUGGUCAAAUAUGUGUUUUGGAUUGGACACCCUAGCCUCAGGCUGUGUUUUCACACAAACAUGACCUCAUACAAGCCCUCUCUUUUCUGUAGUUAUUAGGCUAUAGAUCAAGUCUGUUUGUGUGCAUGGAUGCAUAGUGCACAGGUUUUCCAUACAUCUUGUCAAACUGUCAGAUGAGACUCAGACGAGCAACGCCAUUCCUGUGUGUUGUGUUUGUUUCUAACAUGAGGGUUACUGUACAUUUUGUUGUUCCAGGGUGGCAGUGUGCUGGCCUCUCCUUUCCUUAAGGGCUUCUUGGCAGGGUAUGUCGUGUCUAGGCUGCGAUCCUCUGCGGUUUUGGGCGUGGUCCUUGGGACUUGCACAGGCAUCUUUGCAGCUCAAAACUUUGGCGUGCCCAACAUCGAGGAAACUCUGAAAUACUAUUUCAACACUCUCAAAGGACCCAGCAAAUAGCAGCCCUGGUUUUGGGGGGAAAUGGAAAUAAAUCACCCCACUGCCCCAUCAAAAAUAUCCAUUGGACUACCCCACCCCCAAGCCCACAAUUGUAGAUUGCACAUUGUCCUGAACUGAGAAAAAUGUGUGUUUGUUAGGAGACAUUUUGGAAAAAAAGAGAUAUUCCUUGAGUUACGCAUCAAGUGUCUUUACAAUCAUCUCUUGCAAUAGUCCUGCAGGGACCUUAGCUUAUAUUUUUAUAUGAACUGGAAAGAUAACAUUGUUCCUAUUUUAUGCAAUAGGGAUUUUACUGAUGGAAGUAGGUGCUUUAUAGUGGGAGAUUUUAUUUGCCUCAGGUCAGCUUUCUAUUUCGUCUUGCUCGCAGAUCAACCAUAUAACCUUGUUAUACCCAAAUUAUAUCAGAACCUGUAGUAUCCAGAUGUUAAACAUGACUAAGAGAAUAUUAUGUUCAUAUAUACAAAUAUGUCCCUAGGUAGAUAACCUGGUAUCUGCCUAUUUUCUGACUUUUAGGUCAACGUAAGUCUACAGUAUUCACACCCAUUUACUUUUUCCACAUUUAGUUGUGUUACAGC